GGGAGCUGCCCCACAGCCCCAGGGCCGGGAGGGUAGAGUUAGGUCCCAAGUGGACAGGCUGAGCUCCUGGUCGGACCAGACUCGGAGGAUAGAUGGGGGCCAGGAAGGCAGGCCGGGCCUGGGGGUUCCAGAGCCCGGAGCAUGUUCCAGAUCCCAGAGUUUGAGCGGGAAGACUGUAGCCCGGCAGAGAGGGGCCUGGGCCCCAAACCCACAGGGGACCAGCCACCAGGCCUCCACAGGCACCACCACACAGCCGCAGGCCGCCUGGGAGACGUCUGUCAUCAGGAGGGGCAGCCAGCUACCUGCAGCCCCCAUGGAGGCGCUGGGGCUGGGGAGUCCCGGAGUCGCCACAGCUCGUAUCCCGCGAGGUCCGAGGAGGAUGAAGGGAUGGAGGACGGGGAGCCCAGCCCCUUCCGGGGCCGCUCGCUCUCGGCGCCCCCCAACCUCUGGGCUGCACAGCGCUAUGGCCGCGAGCUCCGGCGGAUGAGCGACGAGUUCGAGGUCUCCUUCAAGGGACUUCCUCGCCCGAAGAGCGCGGGCACAGCGACGCAGAUGCGGCAAAGCCCCAGCUGGACACGCGUCAUCCAAUCCUGGUGGGAUCGGAACUUGGGGAGAGGCGGCUCCGCCCCCUCCCAGUGACCGUCCGUCCCGCUGUGGCGGCGGCCAUCUUGGGUGCGGGCGGAAGUCUUCCACAGGUCUUAAGUAAAAAGGGGAUCACCUCUGUCCCUGAGGGCGGCGGUCCCACCCCAAGCCCGAGUCCCUUCCGGUGUGUGCGUGAGCCACGGAGGGUUCGACUCCAUCGGAAGUUCUGAAGAUCUUCCGCCCACAGCCGCCGGAAGUGGCCCCUUGGCCCCUCCCACCAGUCAGGCGCCUGCGCCAAAUUGCGAGUCGGGAUUAACCAUUUCUUCGCCAGAAUCCUCUGCUCCCCGGUAACGCUGCGGACCGACGCUCGCCGUUAAAUGUGCGAAUAAAGCCCGCGUCUGUGCCGCCGAGUCUC